AGUGCGCGCUCGCGCCCCGUCGACCCCGCGCGCAGUUCUCAGGGCGCAGGGCGGGGAGGCAUAAAGGGCGCUGCGCUGCGGGGCGGGCUGCACGCGGGAGGCUGACGGGGCAGCGGCACCCGCGAGCCGGCACCGGGCGGGGCCAUCACAGCCACGCGCAAAGAGGCCGAGCGGGAGCCCGGACCGCGCGGGACCAGCCCCUGGACUUCAUUUUUCUAAAGAUGUUCUAAGUUCUCACGUCAAUGCCUCUCACCCCCGUCAAGGGGGAAUUACUGAAAGAUAAAUUCCUGAAAGAAAACACGGGUGAAAAGGAGAGUCCACAGGCCACCAGCCAGCGGAAGCUCUGGACAGUUGCAUGUACUUUGUGUUCUGCUGAGUCUGGUGUACCCGGGGCUGCUUUUCUCAGUUGGAUGGACCCCUAGUGCAGAGACCUCAUCCUUCUACCUAUGGGGAGAAGCAGCUGAAUACGCCUAAGCACAGCAGGACCCCAAGACCUGGCUGGAAGUUACCACCUCUCCUCACCUCUGCCCUUCCCACAGACUGUUCUGCGAUGACCACAGCAAGGUACCGGCCCACCUGGGACCUGGCCCUCGACCCACUGGUGUCCUGCAAGCUGUGCCUCGGGGAAUACCCAGCGGAGCAGAUGACAACCAUCGCCCAAUGCCAGUGCAUCUUCUGUACCCUGUGCCUGAAACAGUAUGUUGAGCUCUUGAUCAAAGAAGGGCUAGAAACUGCAAUUAGCUGCCCGGAUGCUGCCUGUCCCAAACAGGGCCACCUUCAGGAGAAUGAGAUUGAGUGUAUGGUUGCCGCAGAAAUAAUGCAGAGAUAUAAAAAGCUACAAUUUGAAAGAGAGGUGCUCUUUGACCCUUGUCGGACGUGGUGCCCAGCAUCCACCUGCCAGGCCGUGUGCCAACUCCAGGACAUAGGGCUGCAGACCCCGCAGCUGGUACAGUGCAAAGCCUGUGACAUGGAAUUCUGCUCUGCUUGCAAAGCCCGCUGGCACCCUGGCCAAGGCUGCCCAGAGACCAUGCCCAUCACAUUCCUUCCCGGAGAGACCAGCUCUGCUUUCAAGAUGGAAGAGGGCGACGCACCCAUCAAACGCUGCCCCAAGUGCAGGGUGUACAUCGAGCGGGAUGAGGGCUGUGCACAGAUGAUGUGUAAGAACUGCAAGCAUGCCUUCUGCUGGUACUGCCUGGAGUCUCUGGAUGAUGAUUUCCUUCUGAUACAUUAUGACAAGGGGCCCUGCCGCAACAAGCUGGGCCACUCCCGAGCAUCAGUGAUCUGGCAUCGGACACAGGUGGUGGGAAUUUUUGCUGGAUUUGGGCUCCUGCUCUUAGUGGCCUCCCCUUUCCUGCUCCUGGCCACACCCUUCGUGCUUUGCUGCAAAUGCAAGUGCAGUAAAGGUGACGACGACCCACUGCCCACCUAGAGGAUGGCACGACGCUGGAACAGACCCCUUCCUCGGGACGUGUGGCUCCCCUACCCCUACCACCCCUCACACUAAACAUGUUAUUUGCCUUAUGUGCCCCAUUGAGCUUCAGUGUCCGGCUUGCUGCAGAGAUUUCAGGGAUGGCGCCAGCAAGUGGGCAGAGGCCCGGGUGUGGUCUCCUGGGUGCUGCUGAGGCACGGGAGGCGGAAGUGGGUGGGGGCAUCCCCUCAGAGUCGUUCUGUGUCUGCAGACCUGGCUGGAGGUGGCGUCAGCUGCAUACCAGGCAGUCUCCUCCCCCUGGCCGUAGACUGGAAAUGUCAAGUUUAAGAGACCCACUGGGACAAAGGGUCUCCUUGGCUUCCAGAUGGCACUGUGGUGUCAAGAGAAGUCUUCAAGGAUUAGACUGUCUUCAGCCAGCACCUGAAUAUCCGACUUGAGAAAACCACCCUGUUUGUGACAACUGUUUUUAUUCCUAAAGGCAUUUAGUAAAACCCUUUUUAGAAGACUCUCUCCCCCUGUCAACUGAGUAGUGAAAAAUCAAUAAGGUGCGUAAAAACCAUCCUAUGCCUUUUUUCGAAAUGUGCAUUUUAUGAAGUUAUAGAUAUAAAUCUUUUCUGGCCUGACCAUUUUAUUCAGGAGCUACAGAAAGCCUUAUGCACACUCUGUGUUUUUCUUGGAACCUGCUGUCAUCAGUUUUUGAAUGCUGUGAGCUGUGUACUGUUACCCACACGGGCCCCGUGUCAUUGCAUUUCUUUGAAAACACUGCUACAUUUGAAGGAUUAUCUCUAGCUUCACAGCAUUGCCCUUUGCCCCAGUUCAGCUCACAGGGCGCGUCCCUUCAGUCCUCUCUCCCGGGUGACAUCAGAUGCCUUUGCGCAUCUUUAAACCGGAUGUUCUCCUCUGAACUAAUUUUACUCCGAGUGACUCUAUUUUGAUUCCAUGCCCAACUUUUUAGGUAGGCAUCAAGGAGACAGUGUCAUCUAUCUCUAGGGAACACUUGGAGGCUGGCUUAGAGCUUUCUGAAGUCUAUGCAUUGUUAAAAUGUUUUAAGUAAUUUGAAAAAUCAUGUGGCUCACACACUCUGAACCCUGCUAACCAGUUUGUUCUUGCUAGGUGAAAAAAGGAGAGAGAAAGAAUAAAAAAGGAAUAAAGGAAGGAAGGAAGGAAGGAAGGAAGGAAGGAAGGAAGGAAGGAAGGAAGGAAGGAAGGAAGGAAGGAGAGACCCUUCUGUUUCACUUAAUUUUUCUGAUGUGCAGAGUUUGUGAAUUGAUCCUUCCCUGGGCUAUGUGACAGUUACAUAUCAACAAAGAGCAAGUUAGUAAGAAGACACAGGUAUUCCUUAAAUCGUCUCUGAAAAUAGGGAGCAGUGCUUUCUCUCAGAGUUGGCUUUCAUAGUCCAGUGUGCUUCCCAGGAGAUGUAGAGAUUUGGGGAGGGGGUGGCUGGGCAUUUGACUACUGCAGGAACAUCCUUAGGGGCUGUCUGUAUGACUCUUCGUUUAUGGGUCAAUGUUAAGCCCUAACAGACACUCCCUGCAGGGCAAUGGCAUAAUUCUCUUUAUUUUUAAUUGACAGUGAGUAACUGAGGUAAAACAGAACCACUGGUCUCUCAUCCUCUGGUACUGAUUUUCUUUAUUAAGCUAAAGCCAUUUAGAGUCUCAGUCCUCAUCAAAACCACACUCAAAAAGUCCCCCUGGUAGUUGCAAAUUACAGGUGUGACUUCUGCUGGGUGAAGCCUAGGUCUUGAUGCUCUGUGGUGAGAAACUGGUCAGUAGCUGAGAUUUGAGACCUCAAGCCUGCAGUUUGUAUGAGAUGUUAUCCAGUCACCACCCCUUAAAAUGCCUGUCAGGAAUCUCAGCUGUCCUGGGCCCUGGCUCCUUCUUGCCUUGCCUUGAUUGCUGCUGUCUGAUUUGUUCAGUGACAUUCUGUCUUUGCGGUGGGGGAGGCUGCAGUUCAAGCUCCCUAAUCAAAGAUGGGGUCCCCUUAUGUCUAGGAGACUCCUCUGGAUGUCCACACACCUCUGUAACCCCACCUGUGCUCACACAGCAGCCUAUAGUGGGCUUCCUAAGCACAUGGCUGGCACAAGCGGGAAUUGUGGGGACAUGGGCCAAACUGUAUCCUGUCUGCCCUGAGUCUUUGUACACUUACUCAGUUGGCUUCAGUAAUAAAACCUAACUUGUCCAUUCCCUAUAGAAACACCAGUAAGAUCACGUUGAAAUAUAUAAACUUAUGUAUUGUCGCCCGAGGGAGUCCUCUAAGUAGAGGUUACCACAUGCGUUUACUAUGGACAUUCAGCUUGAGCCAAUUGUGGUUUGAAAUGCAUAUGCAACAGAAGAGGUGGCCCCCGAUGAAGCUGGCCUCUCUGUCGGUCCUAAGAAGCCCGAGGGCCUCUGUGACCAGUCUCAUUUCUGUUGCUCAGUGUGGUACCUCAGAACUGAAAAUGGAGUUCCCUGAGACAGACUGUUUUCCUGAUGGAAGAAGAGCUGGCCUUGUAGAGAAGGCUCAGAGUGGCGGGCUAUGGGGCUGUUCCGUAAGACUUCACUGAGCACUCGCUGGUCUGUGGGUUAUCCGCAGCUGACCCUGCUACAGAAUCUCCCUGGGUGUGCUUAUCUCUGCCAAAUUCAUUCUUGCACCUUGUGUCCUGGGGGAUGAGGCGUCACAUUCUCCCCCAGAGUGAUGCCAGCAGUGGCUAAGUCAUGAUAGGUGUUCGUGGAGGACUGGGUGACAGCUCCUUGCAGGGACAGGGGAAUUGGAUUUCAUGAGUUUCACUACCCAGAGUGUGGAACCAAAACUUGCCCACCCAUCCCGCUUUCCUGCCUAUCUUGAGGAGAGCAAAUCUUCCCUAUAGUUUAUUAUUUCAUAAAGCAGAUGUGAGACUCUGACCAGUUCCCCACUGAAAACAGUGCACGUGAGAGGAAGGAUAGUGAGGCUGGAAAAUUGGCUUCAAGGUGAAAUUAUCUUUUCCAUUGGAAUUAGAAAGGGGAAAGAUUAUUUUAUGAGUUAGAAGAGAAGAGUUUCCCUUGGUAGUCUUUAAAGAUUAAGGGAUUAGAAAAAAAAGGGAGGACUUAUUUUGUAUACUUCCCAGAUUUCCACUGAUUAAUAAAUAUACCUGUGAAUAUAUAUAUGUAGAUCACAAUGAAAUUUUCAAGGGAAACCAUUUUGCAUGUAUACCGUUUUAUGAAGGUUUCCUUAAAUAAAAUAAAUACCAAAGCUUGUUUCUCCCUCACAAUGAACCCAAACCCUUAUGAAGUUAAAUGAGGUGAAGAAAUUUGGCUAUUGCCAAAAACUCAACCAGGAGGGAAGGGCUUAUGUUCAAACAAUUACUGAUGCCCUGUGACUAGGGGAACACGUCCUUUUGGUAGUUAAAACCCCAUGGUCUCCAGCCUUCCUGACUUGUAUAAUCCUGUCUUCCAAGAUCCCAGGGCCCUUCCGUUAGGUGUAGCUGUGUGCCACGUGCCUGACUUUUCUUUUGUACUUUGCUUACUUUGCCUUGGGUAUAUUUUAAUCUUGUAUAAAACAAAAAUGCAUGUGUCGGUCAUGCGCACGUGCACACGUAGACAUUCUGUAUUUGACAAAUGGUGGUAAGACCAAAAAAACAAACAAACAAAAAAAAAAACAAGAAGAGAAUUGCAUUUGUGGUUUUGCAGCGUGAGUACACUUUGUACCACUAACACUGUGAUGUAUAAGAGCUGUCUGAAUGCCUUUUCAUGUUGUGAUUUGUACUCUAGAAUCCUAUGGAAACAUUUGGUUUAUAAUUUCAAUACAUAUUUUAAAUGUAUUGUGUCUUAUGUAGUCUGUCUCCCCUUUCGAAGGGAUAUCUUUUUAAAGGUAUUUUGGCUGGAAUACAGGUGAUUAUUUUGUAAA